GCCUGACCAGUGGCCGGUCGCUGAUUCUCCCAAUCCAUCCAGUCACAAUAAAAUCCAACACAGGAUUGUCUUUCUUCUCGAAUUCUUCAGAAAAUGCAGCUCCUGAGUCGUCAUGCCGUGCAAGUUAGAAGUUGCAUCUUGUAAGUCGAAGCCAUCACCAAAUGCUUCCCCGGCCCGUAGACCCACCCCGAAAUGACCCCACAAAAGGUCGGAACGUAUUCGCGCCUCAAUCAUAAGGCCACAACCGAGCGCGCCAAUUGGACACGCGGGAACAGCCGUCCCAAAAAAAGUUCACCAUCGUCGAAGCUCCCGGCCUACAGCUUUCCCUUUCGUCGGCGACACGGUUCAACCUCCCUACCACGCCCCCCCUCCAAACGACCGUCCUCCCCCCAGAUCCACCAGUGAUUGAGGAAAUCCGGCAUACACAUACAACAAACAAUGUUCUCACGAUUAAGGUUACCGCGCAUCGGCGCGGGCAUCGCCGCCGCCGCCAGAGCCGCGCCGGCCAGACCUCUCCAGCAGCGCUCGAUACACUACGUCCCCCAGCUCUCCCACGACUUCAAGGACGGCGUCCCGGGCCUGCUGUCGGCCGACGGCUACGACAUGGCGUGGAACCAGUACAUGACGCUUGUCCUUGACAAGCUCAAUGCCUUGAUUGCAGGCACCGACCUCGAACAGCGCGACGUCAAGCAGAUCCUCCUCGCCUCAGCCCAGGACCCCUCCCAGGCCCCCGUCUUCAACAACGCCUCCAUGGCGCACAACACCCACUUCUUCUUCAAGAACAUCACCCCGAACCCGAAACCCAUGCCCGAGUCCCUCGCCGCCGAGCUCUCCCACUCCUUCUCCUCCAUCGACACCCUCCGCCGCGAGAUGAUCCUCACCGCCUCCUCCAUGUUCGGCCCGGGCUUCGUCUGGCUCGUGAAAGCGGGCCACCAAGACUACCGCAUCCUCACCACCUACCUCGCGGGCUCCCCCUACCCGGGCGCCCACUGGCGCCUCCAGAGCACCGACAUGAACACCGUCGGCCUGGGCGGCUCCGCCAACAAGUACUUCCAGCGCAGCGCCGCCGCCCAGAGACCGGGAACGAAGCCGCCCGGCGCGCUCGACGCCGUGCCGCUCCUGUGCCUCAACACGUGGGAGCACACGUGGAUCCGCGACUACGGGCUCGGCGUCGGCGGCCGCGGCGGCAAGAAGGCGUUUGCUGAGGCGUGGUGGGAGGUGAUUGACUGGGAGGCCGUCAACCUCGCGGCGGACAUUCCUUCCCGGCCACAGUUCAUGCGGUAAACGAAGAGACGAGGGCUGGGGAGAAAAUGAUCGCCGGACUUGUGCGAGCUGUGAGGGCUGGUGAAGUAAGGCCUGGUUGAGUUGGCAAACGAUUGCUACGCGAGUAACCAGUUGCACACGGCAGAGCCUGAAACCUAACCUGGCGAAGGAGAAUUGGGGCGAAAGGGGGACAAGUGGGGAGAGACCCGUCCAUCACCAUGGGAGAUCUUCCCCCUAUAGUCCUGCAAGAUCUUGUGUGGAUAGUAGUCGAGGGCGGGCUGGCGGAUUACAUGUAGGAAUUAUUAAAAAAGGCAAGACGACACUGUAAGAAUAGAAAACCGCUGCACAUAUAUAGAAGAUGGGUG